CGCCUAAAUCACCACAGCCCCAAGACCGCAGACACUCACGGGAGCCUGGACCGGCUCGCUGACCGCCCCUCCUUCCGCCUCCGCCUUCCGUCGUCGGUGUUCCAGCAACGCGACUGAGCCAACACGCGGCCAAACACAUACAAACACACACACACACACACAGCCCACCACCCUGUGGCUCCGCCCCCGGCUUCCCCACGGUACCGUCACUUCCGGUCUCCCCCAACCUGGCACCAAAGGCCACUUCCGUUUCCCCGAUAGUAUUUGGGGAUCUCGAGGCGGUACUUCCGGCUGCCCCAGGCUCCCCCCAAUUGACUUUCGUGGGGCACGAUGAGAAAGUCCACAGCCCCGAACAGUGAGUUUCUGGGGGGCGAGACGGGCCGGGGUCGGCGUAGAUGGGAGGGAGCCGAACACCCCGAGGAGCCGCCGCCGCCGUCGCCCGGGGGACCGCACUGCGCCUGCGUGAGCCGCAGUACGCGUGCGCACACUUUAAGUACUUCCCCGCCCCCCUCGGGCCGUGUGCGUUUCUUCCCUGCGCGCGCCGGAGCGCUGCACGACCAAGGUGGCUACUGUAACGCCUGGGGAAAAAAUUACUGAGCGGCAUGCUGCCCCUACCCCGAGACGCUGCGGACGCUGUCAGGGAUUUGUGGGGAUUACACCGCGUUAGUCUACAGUCGUGGUUUGACGGACCAAGAAAAUCUACAGGCACGGUCCUAGCCACCUAAAGCGCUGCGAGGCCUCUGGUCCUCUUGACAUGCCUGCGCUUCCGGAAGCCACUUUUUCCCUGGACGGUUGGGGGCGUGCCGUAGGCUGUGUUUGCUCCGACCGCCGUCUCUGGUCCUGGCCGGAUUAGGGCGGUUGGGCGUUUUGCAGACUCUUGGGGCAUCAUAUAGGCCUUUGGUUGAGAGCACCGAGGGAACUCAAUGUUUUAGGACAACUAAGCAUUUUACUGCUUUUUAAAAUUUGUGAAUAAAGGAAAACGGAGCCCGGCGUGGCGGCGCCCGCCUUUAAUCCCAGCACUUGGGAGGCAGAGGCAGGCGUCUCCGUGAGUUCCACCACAGCCAGGGCUACACAGAGAAACCCUCGAAAAAAGAAGACAAAAAUCGGGGUUCUUGGGGGUCGGAUUCAAGGACAAGAGAAGGGAUCGAAGGCUCGCCGCCAGGGGAGGUGUACAGGGCGGGACGGUUACAAUUUCUCUGCCGCCUUCACCACUUCACCUAGAUGCCGGUACCGAUGAGAGUUCCAGGCUCAGCUCUCCUCCGAACGCCUCAGAGUCGCUGGACAUGCAGGGUACACUGUAGAGUGGUUGCAUCCGGAAGAGCGGGGGAGGCCCCAGUGCUGUGGCUAAUCCAUGCUUGGGUUGGAAAACAAGGUUGAAGUUACUUAUUAGCAGGUAAAAGGGUCAAGGGUCGACGCAAGGGGGCUGAAAGCAGAGUGGACUGAGCCGCCAGGCCAGCAGAGACCAGUUAGGGCAGAAAUCCCUCUCCUGCAAGCACCAGCUCUCUCCUCUCCUGCCUGAGAUGUUCCACCAAGUCUGGGCAGCUGUGCUCUACCUCUAUGGCCUUCUCUUUAACUCCAUGACCCAGUGCCCUGAGCACAGUCAGCUAACAGCGCUGGAAGUGGGCGAGAAGGAGUCCCCAGAGCCCCACCUGGGCCUGUGGUACUUCAUCGCAGGAGCAGCCCCCACCAAGGAAGAGUUGGCUACUUUUGACUCCGUGGACAACAUUGUCUUCAACAUGGCGACCGGCUCUGCCCCAAGGCAGCUCCAGCUUCGCGCCGCCAUCCGCACGAAAAAUGGGGUCUGUGUGCCCCGGAAAUGGAUAUACCACUUGACUGAGGGGAAAGGAAACACAGAUCUCAGAACUGAAGGCCGGCCUGACAUGAGAACAGACCUCUUCUCCAGCUCGUGCCCAGGGGGAAUCAUGCUGAAAGAGAUGGGCCAGGGUUACCAGCGCUUUCUCCUCUACAAUCGAUCACCACACCCUCCAGAGAAAUGUGUGGAGGAAUUCCAGUCUCUGGCCUCCUGCUUGGACUUCAGAGCCUUCUUAGUGACUCCCAGGAAUCAAGAGGCCUGCCAGCUGUCAGCAAGUGACCCGUAACUUCAUCUGUGUCCCAGACAGCCAAGGUGGGCGCUGAGCUGCGAGGGGAGACGUUGGAGACUCUCCACUCCCUGUCAAGGUUAAUAAAGAUGGUUUUUCAAUCCUCA